CUUUUCUAAAUAACGCUUUGCCAUAUUGGUGGAAAAAUGUUAUUAAAAUGUAUUAUGAAGUGUGACUGAUGUGAAUAAGAAAGAAGUUUAAACAUUCUUCGUAUCUAUCACUUAAGAUGACCGAAUUUAUUCUAUUCUAUGGAUAUUUUUAUAAAUUAACAUAAAAUACGAGCAAGUAUGUGUAAACGAAUCGAGAAAAAAGAAAAUAAAAUUUACUGCUUAUGUGUGCUUUCAAUCGAUCUUAAAUGCAUACCAACAGUUUUAUUAAUUGGAGAUAAGUUUACUGAAUCAUUAUUUAAUUAUUGGGUAAUGCAGUCUCCCGGUUUGGAUAGUCGGCAUGAGCUGAGGGGUCGUUUGCAUAAAAUUAAACCAGAUAUAGAAUUUGACGCCUUAACUACCUCCAACAGUGAACAAAAUCAUAAUCAUUACCAACAUCAUCAUCAUCACCAUUGCCAUCAUACCCAGCGCUGUCAUCAAUUAGAACAACCUUUACAACAACAAUAUUAUCAGCAACUAGCUCCGCGUCAGUCUAACAAUCAGUAUCAAAGCAAGCUUAGCGUAAGCAUUGAAUGCGAACAACAACAACAGCAACAACAACAGCAUCACGAAGUCACGCCAUUUGAAACGUAUGAGCAAGAGCGGCAAAUAACCGCAGAAGUUAGCAAUAAAAACAGUAGCAUUACACUUAAUAACCAUUUAAAUGAACAUCAUUGGCAACAUGAUAACGUUAAACUUGAUCAAAGUCCAACAACCACUUAUAAUUCGCAAGAAGUUACUGCCCUACAGUCUGCAUCUACGGCAACGGCAUCAUCACAUUCUGCAAAUAAUUCAGAUCUUAUAAAUCCCUCCUCUGCGGUUUCUGUCUCAACUUCACCUGCCAUCGAUAUCGACAAUUUCUCGAAUAUCUACAAUACCGAUAAUCCUUACGAAGUGCCUGACUCUUAUACCGCAGCUGCCACAGCUAUAACUAAAAACACAUCCACACCAAUUAUUGGGAAAGAGUACUCGUUCGAUACCAAAAAUAAAGAAUCAUUUUGUCAUCAUGUCUACUAUAAUCUGGAUGAUUCAUGCCAAAGACCAGUCUUAUGGGAGGAUAUUUCCAAUUCAAUACAAAAUAUUGAUCCUGAAAAUGUCCUGAUAUUAGAGCAGCAUUCAAAUAGUUCGCAACUGCAGCAAUUACAGCAAAAUUUUAGCGGUUCGACUAUCAAUAACGUAAACGUAUUGGUACCGCAAGUUAAAAUGGAAACAAUCGAUGAUACUUUACCCGAAUCUUUGUCAGCAUCUUUGAUUAAUCCGUUGGAAAUUAAAAAGGAAAUACUUACAAAGCCCAAUAGAAAUACCGACUCACCACAUUCGCAGUGUUUUCCUCAACUACCAGCUCCGGUAUCGCCCCGGUCCGGACAAAUUAAUGUUUAUCAUUAUAGCAAUAAUCAACAACAGCAACAACGUUUGUAUCAAUCUCAUCGCAACUUAAACGAUAGAGAUAUAUUUAUCCUGGAGCAACAACAACAACAACAACAACAAGCCAAUAUAACUAACGCCUUGCGUAGUAACAGCAAUAGUCCCAAUCAAUCAAACAGAUGUCAUAGUACGGCGAGUAGUCAUAACAGUGAAACGAAUUACACUCCGAAUACCAAUAGCGUGAAUUUGUUAAGUUUCAGUCCGGAUAAUAGCAUGUAUAAUCAAUCGAUAUAUUUACAAAAACAACAACAACAACAACAACAACAUCGUCUUUUAAAUCAAAAUCUUAACGAUCCAACGACAACUUAUGACAACAACAAUCACACCCUGCAAGUAAAAGCGUUAACAAUAAACAGCAGUAAUCUGGCGAUGGAUAAUAACUCGAAAAAUCUCAAUAAUAAUAAUUAUCCAUGGCAUAGCAGUCAGCCUUACUAUACUAAAUACGAUAUAUCCCAGCCUUCACCAUCAACAAUACAACAACAACAACAGCAACAGCAGCAGCAGCAGCAGCAAUUGCAAAAACCACAAAUUUGUCCACUUAUUUUAAUGUCAGCAAAUACUAAUGCGAUUACCGUUAGCAAUUCAUAUCAUAGUACUGGCUCACGGCAAAUAUCAUUCAUGUCGCCCUUAACUCCACCUAGUUCGGAUCCCGGAAGUCCGGGAGCUUCAAUGGCAGCGGCAGCAGCAGCCGCUGUUGUGGCCGCUGUUAAUCAACAGCAAAAACAAUCAAUUAAACGCUCAACACCGCCUCCGCCAUAUCAAGAGCAGCAAGAACAAAUGUCUGGCGCUAAUAUGUGUCCGUAUACGAUAGCAUUGAAAACGAACACAACGUCAAGUGUAACGGAGGCAACAAAGUCGACGGAACAGCACUUGAAUUCGGUUAAUAAUCGGAUAUUAACAGCAUUUGGUUCGGCCAAUGUCCUGACCAUAAGAAAUUCCAAAAAUAAUGAUAAAGAAUCAUCUUGUGUUUCCGCCUCAUCUCUACCAACCUUGUCCGCUAAUCAUCAUCAACAGCAACGGAAUCAAACAAAAAAUUCUGCUUCGAUAUCUUCAUUAACACCUAGCACUGAUUUAUUAAAUAUCUCGGCAUCAUCGAUACAUACGAGACGUUAUAAUCGCCGUAAUAAUCCCGAACUGGAGAAGAGACGUAUACAUCACUGUGAUUAUGUAGGUUGUACAAAAGUUUAUACCAAAAGUUCGCAUUUGAAAGCUCACCAAAGGAUACAUACAGGUGAGAAACCGUACACCUGUCAAUGGCCGGAGUGCGAAUGGCGUUUUGCACGUUCCGAUGAGUUGACGCGCCAUUAUCGUAAACAUACCGGAGCCAAACCGUUUAAGUGCAUUGUAUGUGAACGCAGUUUCGCCCGGAGUGAUCACUUGGCUUUGCAUAUGAAGAGGCACUUACCUAAAAUUAAAUGAAAAAUAGAAAAAAAGAAAAAACAAAAACAAAAAUAGAUGAAUAAAAGUAUAAAAAUAUAUGAGUAAACAAGUUGUACUAAGCACUUCGGAGCGGGCUCUUAUAUAAUAUUAAGCUAAUAUCUAAAAUAUCUACAAACAUAUAUUAUUAUUAAAGGCGUGGCAGGAUUAAGGAAAUUUUUACAUCAUCUCGGGAAGCAUUUGUGCGAAAUUUUAAAUUACUCUCUGGAAGUUAUUAAUAUGUUGAGAAACGUUACAAUUAAGAUCAUGUCUGUUGGUAUAUCGUGGUCUUUACUUUCUCAAAAUUUAUUCUAUGAAAUGCAACAAACUGCAACAUUGUAAUGAAAUGUUUACGAGUUUCGUGUAUGGGAAGACAGACGCAACGAAUGAAUGGAUUGCUGAUCAAAAACUUUAAAGUCCGAAGUAGUUGCAAUUUUUAUGGAUAAUCGGGUGCGGUUGAAGUGGCAUUACAAAAUUACUCUGUUCCAAUAAAAGGCAUAAAAGUAAAACUAGCGACAUCUACACUUUUCCUUAUGAUGAUGAUGAUGAUGAUGAUGAUGAUGAUGAUGAUGAGUUCCUAUAAAAUGUAAGGUCCUGGCAUGAUUUAGCUGCGUCCUUUCGCCUACACAACACGUCACUCAAUGGCAUCACCGUUGAAAGACGCCUACGAUUUCCUACGAUCGUGUUAAUCUUCAAACGACAUGUGUCACGAUUUCAUGGCAUUCCGAAUAUCAGUUUACAACUUACAGAAACUUGAUAGAAAAAACCCCAAGUUGCCAUAUAUAUACACAUACAGAUAUGUAUAUAUUAAAUUAAUAUAUAUUAUUCGCCUACGACAGAUAAAAAUUAUUACUAUCGUUAACAUUAUUCUUACAUGCAUUGCCGACGAAGAGUGAUACAUUCAUUUUGUCAUAAUAUUUGCAACACUUGAAAGAAAGUUUUAGAGACCCUCUAUGUGUGCAUAUAUAUUUUCUGGGUCAAUAUCGAAUUUUGAAUAUCGACUGCAAAUUACGCAAAACCAUUGAAAGCUUUUGCUUGCAAGUUGGUAUUGAAAAAGGCGGCAAACCGAUCAAAGCACAUGCACACAAUAAGGCGUAAACGGAGAGCACUUCUUUUCUUCUAAGCGAGAAUUUAUGGGUUUUUUCUCAAAGGGCUCAAAUUUUAAAAAUUGUUCGAAAAUGAAAAAAAUCGGCCUCGCUCAAGCAAUAUUAUAAGUGAUAAAAUUUUAAUUUUUUCUUCUCUUUUCAUUUUAUUUUAAAUAAAAUCUCUUAGUAACUCAUCUGAAACUUUCACAAUUCCUUAAUACUGAUCUGAGUAGUUUGUAACUUGCAAUACUUAGCGGGCAAGAGCUUCAAUGUGUAGUGAGCAGAAGGUAUUGGUUGAGAGAGAGGAAGAUGAAGAGAUAGCAGAUAAUUUUCAAAAAAU